AUGAACGGAGCUGAGAAGCAGCACCCGGAGGAAGGGCCUGAGACCCCGGAUCCACAAACAGUGCCACCAGGAGAUGGUGAAGAGACAGUUUUCCAGAGCUCAAGCCAAGGAAGAACCUACAAGAGGCGGCACAAGUUGCAAACACCCAAGAGAAUCCCAGCAGAGAAGGAGCCGGACAGUCCCAGGGAGAGCGAAAAGUGCUCCAGGAAGCACGCGGAAUCCUCUUCAGAGGUGGGAGCCAAGGGCCGUGGGAAGGUGCCCAGCUGUUCGGCCUGUGAGCAGAGCUUGAAGGGGAAGAUCUUCUUCCAAAGCCUGGGCAGGUUUUAUGGUCAGAAGAAGUCACAUGAAUGUUGGGAAUGUGGGAAAAGCUUCCUGCGGAAGAAGGAUCUGGCCAGACAUCAGGGAGUCCAUACUGGAGACAGAUUCUACAGCUGCCUGGACUGCAGGAGAAGCUUCAGCCAAAUGGCAGGACUUACGAGGCACCAGAAGACGCACUUGGGGGAUCGGCCCUUUCCCUGCAUGGACUGUGGGAAAAGCUUUUGCCUGAGACAGGAGCUGAUGAGCCACCAGAGAACCCACACAGGAGAGAGACCCUUCCUGUGCUCCCAGUGCAAGAAGGGAUUUAGCCAGCUGGCGCAUCUUGCUGCCCACCAGAGAACCCAUGUGGCAGAGAGGCCCUACCCCUGCGGCACCUGUGAGAAACGCUUCAAGCAGAGCCAAGACCUUCGAAAACACCAGCGCACCCACACGGGAGAGCGACCCUACCCCUGCACUGAGUGCGGCAAAUGCUUCAGCCACGUGUCGAAUCUCAAUGCCCAUCGGAAGGUGCACACGGGCGCCAGGCCCCACACCUGCAAGGAGUGCGGGAAAGGCUUCCGCAAAAGACAGGAUCUUCUGCGACACGAGAGGAUCCACACGGGAGAAAGCCCCUUUGCCUGCAGCCACUGUGAGAAGAGCUUCCGGCAGAAGAAGGAUUUGAACAGACAUCAGAGUGUCCACACGGGAGAGAGGCCCUACUCUUGUCUUGAAUGUGGGAAAAGCUUCCGGCUCAAGCACACUCUGGUGCGACACCAGGCAACCCACCCACGGCUCAGCCCCUAG